CAUUUCUUAUGACACACCAAUUAAAAUAAAUAUCAUGCUGUGAACUUCAAGCCCAUUUAAAGCCUCAAUUCGAUCUCAUAACUUCCCCAGCACCACCAUUCAUUAAACCAUAACUGAAACCUAGCUUACCCGAAACAAACAUUUCCUAGAGCAACUGACAUGUCUUCCUUGCAACUCACCAAUACCAUAACCUCGAACUUUGAUGAAAAACGAUGGGUGAUUCAAAUCCGUCGAACCAUAGAUGAAGAGCUCGAAGAGGAAGCUGAAAUCCCCGUCAGCAUCUUCAGCGUGCCCAAAACCCUAAUGGCUAGUGAUCCAGAUUCAUAUAUUCCACAACAAGUUGCACUAGGUCCAUACCAUUAUUGCCGUCCCGAGCUCUACGAGAUGGAGAAAUAUAAGCUUGCUGCCGCCAUAAGAAUGCAGAAACAGUUCCAGAGCCUCAAGUUCCAACAUCUUGUCAACCAGAUGAUAGAGCUGGAGCUAAGUAUUCGAGCUUCCUACCACAAAUACCUAGAUUUCAAUGGUGAAACCUUGGCUUGGAUGAUGGCAGUAGAUGCAUCCUUCAUGCUAGAGUUCCUUCAAAUCUAUGCUCUCAAAGAAGGUAAGACUCCAACCCGAAUUUCAUCUAGAAUGUCCCAUUUGGUUGAUAUUUCAGGCAGAAAGUCAGCCCACAAUGCCAUUCUUCGCGACAUGGUCAUGUUGGAGAAUCAAAUCCCACUCUUCCUACUAAGGAAGACGCUAGAAUUCCAAUUUUCAUCGUUGGAAUUGUCAGAUGAUAUGUUACAUUCCAUGUUAAUGGGAUUGUGCAAGGAGCUUUCUUCCUUCAAGAUGAUGGAAGAAUUUCCAAAAGUUCAAGUCUCCGAGAGCUCUCACUUGCUAGACUUUUUGUACCAUUUGAUAGUGCCCAAAUUGGAACUAGAUCAUCAAUCAUCCGAAAUAUCUGAAGUUCAUGAGAAUCGAGAAGAUUCCAAGAAAGGUGAAGAAGAUUCAUUUGGGAACUCAAGCUAUGUUAAACAAAUCCUUGAAGUGAUUUGGAAUCUCCUUUCAAAAUUAAACAAGGGUCCGGUAAGUCUUCUCAAGAGGGUAAUAUUCUCAAAGCCUGUCAAAGUGAUAUUAAAAUUGCCUUGGACAAUUGUCUCCAACCUUCCAGGGAUUAGUGUUUUGAAACAACCCAUUGAAAUGUUCUUCUCCCAAACAAAAGAAGAAGUAAAACCUGAAAAUGAGAGUUCUAAUUUGAAUGCUAACAUCAGCAAACCUCCACUAGUUGAGGAAAUCACAAUCCCUUCGAUCACCGAGCUCUUUGAAGCCGGUGUUCAUUUGUUACCCACUAAUGGUGGCAUCUCAACCAUUAGUUUCGAUGCUAAAAAAGUUACACUGUACCUCCCCACGGUUAGUUUAGACGUGAACACGGAGACAGUGUUUAGAAAUUUAGUAGCAUAUGAAGCUUGCAAUGCAUGCGGGCCACUGGUUUUCACUCGUUACACUGAAUUAAUGAAUGGGAUUAUUGAUAACGAAGAGGAUGCAAAGCUACUUAGAAAAAAAGGGAUUAUUUUAAACCAUUUGAAGACUGAUGCGGAAGUGGCCAACCUCUGGAAUGGAAUGAGCAAGUCUGUUAAGUUGACCAAAGUGCCCUUCUUAGAUAAAGUGAUUGAAGAUGUGAACAAGUAUUACAAUGGUGGGUGGAAGGUUAGAGUUGGGAAAUUCAUGAAGAGUUAUGUGUUUGCGUCAUGGCGAUUUCUCACACUGCUGGCUGCUGUUUUGUUCUUGUUGAUGACGGCCUUACAAGCCUUUUGCUCUGUUUUUACCUGUUCUCGUAUAUUCCGUAUCACAAACACAAACACAACUACAAGUUCGUGAAUGGAUUUUCUCCGUUCAUCAGACAGACUUGCAGAUUCUCUAGCCCUGUCCGUCGUCUGAUUUUGCUUGUGUUUCUCACUAAAGAUGGAAGGUUGUACAAUGACGUUGUGAUUGUAUUAAGUAGGUUGUAAUCAAUGCUUGUCAUGGUGCUGUGCUUAGUACGUACUGUUUGGAUUCUUUGCUUAAAUUAAGAUUUCUAUUGUGCUU